GCCAAUAAAAACUCAGAGAAGAAGGAGCUACCUUCCAGAUUGCAUCCGCAUCAGAGCUGAGUUGAACACGGUUAAAAUUCCUGCAACACAGAACUUCAGCGAAGCGAUCAACAUGCCUAUGUUUUUGGUAAAUACUAAUGUGGCCAAGAGUGACAUUCCGCCUGCACUGUUGUCUGAGGCCACAGAGGAACUGGCCAAGGCGAUGGGCAAACCUGUGCAGUACCUUGCUGUGCACAUCAUCCCAGACCAGUUGAUGAUGUUUGGAGGGAAAGCAGACCCUUGUGCUCUCUGCUCCCUUCACAGCAUUGGAAAGAUCAAAGGAGCUCAGAAACAAUACUCUAAACUACUGUGUGGACUGCUCAACAAACACCUGGGCAUCUCCCCCGACAGGAUCUACGUCAACUUCUUUGACGUGGAGGCAGCGAACGUAGCCUGGAACAACUCUACCUUCGGCUGAUCAGGGGAUCUGAACUUCAAUGGGAGCUGACCCCUCCUUUCCCCACACCUUAAUAACGGUAGUACAGCAUUAGAGUAGGCUGUGGAGAGACCAGCAGAGAUGCCCAGUUUCUGGGCUGACGUAGAGCAGCAUUGAUAAAUGCACUUAAAUGGACCCUUGCUUUAUGCAGACCCUUGGUUUGUACUGGAUCCUUGGCUUUGAUGUUCCAAUAAAGUGAUUCUCAUUGAUCACAA